UCGAGGGGUGUUCGGUAUCACUCUACUAAUUAUUUCGCUCGUGCUGGUCGCUUAUAUGUCCAACAAAAGAAAUGAUGUCGUUUGCUCGUUCAUUUUACCGUAGACGCAUUUGACUUGUGUCUGUUCUAUGAGCGCAAAAGGUGUUUUUGUGUUUUCCGUCCACUUCCUGUUUCCGCCGCACACGUGAGCUCGUCGUCACAGGGUAAACUUCACGUAAAGAACCGCCGCCGAACAAUCACACGAACAGUUCGGGUGAUAUCUUCCAACGAAAAAAGAAAAGGAAAUGGCUCUCUCUGUUCUCCUCACAUUCACGCUCUUGUUCGCCGUCACGUCGACACAGUUCAUUCCGCCGUAUACAGAAGACUGUCGGACAGACACGUAUCCGCCAAACGGCCCCACGUUCAGAGGAGCCGUGGGUUGGUACACCGUGGACCUCGACUCGCCCCCCAGCAAGAGAUGGGACGCUGUGAUUACUGAGAAAAAAACGCAUCUGGUCAACAUGAUUCAGGCCAUCAGAGACUUGGCUAAUGCUUUUGUGCCCAGUGGGAAACUGAUCGAGCUGGUGGACGUGACUCUGCCUAUAAUGGCGGACACCCUCCCAAGUCCUUUCAGUGAGGAAAUCAAAGGAAUUGCUGCUGUUUCGGGGAUUCCUCUUGGUGAGGUCGUCCUGUUCAACAUCUUCUAUGAGGUGUUCACCGUGUGCACGUCAAUUGUUGCAGAAGACCAUAAAGGUAACCUCAUCCACGGCCGAAAUCUGGAUUUUGGAUUAUUCAUGGGCUGGGAUGUGAAAAACAAGUCAUGGAUCAUUAGCGAGAAGCUGAAGCCCCUCGUGGUCAACCUCGACUUCAGGAGAAACAACCAGACCGUGUUCAAGUCCACCAACUUUGCAGGAUACGUCGGCAUGCUGACCGGCAUCAAGCCCCACACAUUCACUCUGACCAUGAAUGAACGCUUCAGCCUGGAUGGCGGAUACAUCGGAAUCAUGGAGUGGGUCCUGGGCAAGAGAGACGGCAUGUGGAUGAGCUUCCUCACGCGCUCUGUGCUCGAAGAUGCUAACAGCUACGAGGAGGCAAAAACUCGCCUGGCCCAGACCAAGCUGCUCGCUCCGGCCUACUUCAUCCUCGGGGGAAACCAGACGGGGCAGGGCUGCAUCAUCACCCGCUCCAGGUUGCUCAACAUCGAUUUGUUGGAGAUUGACGUGAAGCUCGGCCGCUGGUACGUGCUGGAGACCAACUACGACCACUGGGAGGAGCCUCUGUUCCUGGACGACCGCAGAACUCCCGCCAUGAAGUGCAUGAACCAGACAGCUCAGAAGAACAUCUCUGUAAACACCAUGUACGACGUUCUCUCAACCAAACCAGUGUUGAAUAAGUUGACCACAUACACAACACUGAUGCAAGUAUCUGAAGGCAAACUGGAGUCGUACAUCCGUGACUGCCCUAACCCCUGCAUGCCCUGGUGAUCCUCCGAUCGGAGCGCCGAUCACUUUGUAAAUGCUCGGCUGCAUAAGGAUCAGCUGAUCUCGGGAUGAAACCACACAUCGUUGCUCUAAGCACAGCUACAAAUCACCUGAACCAAAGUUUGUCUCCCUGAUGUCACUUCUUUUUUUCCAACCAUUCAGAUGAAGAAAAACCGUUGCCAACACUAAAUCCUGCUUUUUCUGUCACGAGGGGAAACUGGUACAAGAUGUUUAAAUGUUUUCCCUUGUUUUUUUGUACCUGGAUCUCCACAUGGGCCUUGAAUGCAGUUGUGUAUCAUGAAAUUAAUUUUAUCGUAAUUUUUCUCAAAUGCAGCCCAUGCUCACCGUUUUGUGCCUCUCAACACUGUGUUAUGAGGCCCUGCUAUAGUUUUCUUCCCAAAUCAGGGUUGUGAACAUCUUAAAAGGUUAAAAACAGCUCAGUUACCGGUACAGUUUCAUCACAUGACUACUGACAAUGUUGCACAAUACUGAUAUAUGUAUGUAUCUAACUCUUCGUUGACCCACUUUUUUUUAAAGAUUUAUUAAAAUAAUUUACAAAAUUA